CAGUACGAAGCCAUCAGUGUAAUAGUGACCAUCUUUGAAUGGGAAGAACAUGGGAGUUGUGAGAAUAGUCGUUAUUGGAGCAUCAGAAUACAAGUAAGCCAAAAUAGUAUGUGCCAUUCGUGAAAUUUCCAUCGACUCGUACAUAUUACCUCCAGAACCAGCAUAGAUUAAACAGCGCGUGGAGUUGUUCACGACUAUAAUUGGCCGAUAGCCCCAAGCUGAUGAUCUCCACGAAUUUUCUGUAUUGUUGUUCGUCUGCGAAAAUGCGACUGCUUCUCCCGUUUUCCGAUCGAAUAAAGCGAAGAAAUUUGCCGAGUAGGAUGGUUCCUCCGUUAGAUUAAGCUUCCAUGCUGUCUGUAGAUAAUUCAUUUUCAGUACCGUACCUUCGGUUUGCAGUCUAUCGCUAGGUUCACUACUCACAAACCCAUCCUCGAUGUUUCCAAAAAGUCUUUCGGUGUUUGUCCUUCGAGUGAAUUCAGCAGCACUGUGACUCAUUGGGUAAAGAUCGAAGCUGCAAAACUAUCUUUCUAG